CCAACGUUUAAUCCUGUUCACUCCUGUUUCCGUUUCGUCGAUGCCGCAGUGAUUCGAGUUGACUGAGGUGUUUCUACGAUUGAAAAUCGAAGUAUUCUAACUGAUAAUUGAUGGUACAUCGUUUCUAGCGAUUAGCUGAGAAAAUGGGUAAGGCAAAAAAAGCAUUGAAGAAUAAUAAGAAUCAGGAAAUACCCAAACAACAAUUGCAUGGAACAAAAAAUGGUUCAGUAAAGAAAAAUAAGAAACCCAAAUUUAAAGUCACACCCAAGGGCAAGGUAACUUUACUUAAUAAUUCCAAGGUGCAGAACAAGCACACAUCGCCUCAGAAAAUUCCUAAGAAAGAUUCUGCAAAUCCAAAAGUUCACAGUUUAUCAGAGCAAGUGUCAAAGAGUAAUGCAAAUCAAUUGAAGAAAGAUUCUUUGAAUGGAGAUCAAUCCAGUUCUACGGGUAAAGUACAAAACGAGCUUGCUAAAGUACUAAGACCAAACUUGAAAAACAUCAAGCCUGAAGUACAAAGCAAUGAAGUAAGCGAUGAUUCAAGCAAUAGAUCAACCCUCAUAAGUAUGACUGCCUCUGACAUCAGUGAUUCAGAUUCAGACUGUUCAGAAAGUACCACGAUACAUUCAGAAGAUGCUCUAACUGAUUCCGAUAGUAAUAUACCAGAUAUCUUAGGAUCUACCUUAGGAAACGAUUCAGAUGAAGAUGAUAAAGAUUUUGAAAAUGAGGAGGAAGAAGGAGAGGAAAAACGAAUUGAGUAUAAAGGUGUGAAAAUGUUUAAAGGUCUAGAAAAAGAGAGUGAUGAAGACGAGGAGGAUGAGGAAGAUGAUGACGAAGAUGAUAAUGAUAAUGAUGAUGACAAGGAUAACUGCUCCUCCAGCAACAGCGAGGAGGAAGAAACAAAGAAUAAAGCUGUAAAAAAGUUUAUAACUCUAAGAUCUAAAGCCAAAAAGAAUGAUGACAAAGAAAGUUCAGUAGAUGGUGAAGACAAUGAAGAUGAGACCGAUGCAGAUGAAGAUAAAGAUGAGAAAGAGAAUGAACAAGUAGAGAAAAAGAUAAUGGAGUCUGAUGCAAGUUUUGAUGACGAGGAUGAGGAUAACAGUGACAAUAUGUCUCUAUCGGCUCUUUUAUCAAAUAGCAUUGCAGACGACAGCGAUGACGAAGAUUUUAAUGCAAAAGAUGAAGAUGACGAUGAGGAUGACGAUAUUGAGGAUGAGGAUGAGGUUGAAGUUGAGGAUGAGUAUGAAUAUGAGAACGAGGACGAAGACGAGGACGAGGACGAAGACGAGGACGAGGACGAGGAUGAAAAGUAUGAGUACAAAGGUAUGAGCAUAUCUAAAGAUUUGAAUAUGAGGGAAUAUUUAGCAAGAGCAUUCGCAAACGUGGAUACCGAUGAUGAUGACGAUGACGAUGACGAUGACGACAGUAGUUCGGAUGGAGAUUUAAGUCUAGCAGAACUUUUAAUGAAGAGCGUUACAGAGACCGACGACGACGAUGAUGAAGAUUUCAAUGUGGAAGAUGAGGAUGAUGAAGACGAUGAUAUUAGUAGUGAAGAUGAAGAUGAUGAGGAGAAUAAUGCACAAGUAAAAAAAAAGAAAAAUUUAAAAAUUAAUUUAGAGAAAUUAAAUGAAAUAUAUGAAAAGGAUCUGUCAAAAAGACUUGUUGUGAUAAGUAAUGUCCCAAAUAAUGCAUCAAAACAAUCAGUAAAGGAAAUAUUCGAAUCAUUUGGGCCCAUUAAGAAGUUUGAACUAGCACCCAUACCCAUAGUAAUGGGGGAAUACACUAAAGUUCCAGCAGAGAUUUCUGAAAAGCUAACACCACUGUUGGGACACGUUUUAUACAAGACUAAAAAAUCCGCGCGAAAGGCGGCAAAGAUUACACAUGGCAAGAAGUUCGGUCCUAACUAUUUGAACGUACAAACCGUUUACCAAUCUAAGCAACCUCUCGACGCUGCAAAAACUGUAUUGAUAACAAAUCUGGCUUCGAAAAUAGAUGAGAACACGCUUUGGUCAUUCUUUUUAAGUUACGGACGUAUAAACAACUUGCAGCUGAUUCGUGAUAAUAAAACAGGACUGAGCAAAGAGUAUGGUUAUAUCACUUUUGAUACUGAAAAAUCUGCACAUAUUGCUCUCAAGUUCAACGGUUUCGUACUCUCUGGCAAACCAAUGAGAAUAGAACUGUUUGUGGAUGAAAUGAAUGUAGAAGAAUUACCUUUGUUAAAGAACAUUGAUAAGAAAAAUGAGAAACAGAGAAAAAAACGAGCUCUUUCAAAUGAAAUAAACCAGUACGAUAAUAAACCAGUAAAGAAAUUUAAGAACAGUUCAGAGAAAUCUGUAACACGUGACGUUGAACAUGAAAUCAACAUUAAGAAGCAAAAGAAACAACAGGGAAUAAACAAGGAAAAGCAAUCUACUGCAUUUCAGGGUCAAAAGGUCCAGUUAAAAAACAAAAAGAAGAAGAGUAAACUUGAUAAGAAAAAGAAGAAGAUGGCAGAAAAACUUCUAGCUAAACCGUUAAAAUCUUAAUUUUAAUUUUAUAUCACGAUGUUUUAUACUUUUUUAAAAACAGUUUUAUGCAAGACUUUUGAUACUCAAAAAUAUUUUCCGCGCAUUUAAAUAGCGAAAAGUAGAGAUAAAUAUUGUUUUAAAUGAUGUUACAGUGUGUUCAGAAUAGAAAUAAGUUACAAACAAAAGUACUUUUAAUAUGUAUGUAUAUAAAUAUAUUUCUUCUCGUUAUAAUGCAA